AUGACAGUCAGCAACGGACAGAAUAAGAGCGUCUACCGCGGCAGAUUCACCUUGUUUGAGACUCACGAGAAGCUAUUUGAAGGCCCGAUCCACGUACCACCGGAUGGUGAGCCCCAAGUGUGGCCUUUUGCUAUUGCAGUUCCCAAAGGUCCAUCGCCUCGGUUGGUCUCAAGUGGUAACGAGCAGAAGUACAGCAACCUAUCGCUGAAACUGGAAGACAUUGAAAAACAAUCUCUGCCCCCCGCAUUCUAUUACGCUGGAGAUUCGUGGGGCAAGAAGUUCCACGGCUACGUUGAGUACUAUCUCGAAGCAGAGAUUCGCCUCUCCGGGUCCGGGAGUCCUGCGGGCACGGCGACCCUUCCAAUCUUUGUUCGUCCUCCUUCAUCUCCGAUUCCCAUCACCGACUUCGACCUGAAAGGGCGUUCUUUUGGUGGCCUCAUCAAAAGCCAGCGUCUUGUUCCUGGCAUGGAAACCACGGAGCUAUCGUUCAAGCAGAAAACACAGAAGUUUUUUGGUUCUUCUAAGGUCCCCGAAUUCAUCUACUCGCUUGAGAUCGACUAUCCUACCGUAAUCCAGCUGGGAAACCCAAACACGAUCCCUUUCAAGAUCCGUCUGUUGCCCAACCGGUCGCGCACAUCCGACAUCAUUGAGGAUGUGCCGCAGAAGGUUACGCUUACGAAGCUAACCAUGGAGCUCAAAGCAAACACGGCCGUGCGAUGUGCUGGGACAUUUAGUUCACACGAUGCCGACAAGACAGCCAAGCAUCCCAUUCAUCUAGCACAAGUAAUGGUGGGGGUCGGCUCGAUUGUGGUGCCAUCAAGCGUUGACGAAGAGGCUAUCGAUCUUGGUGCUCUGCUGGACCUACGACUCGAUGCAAGGCGUCCUUAUACCAUGGGAAGGCAGCUUUCACCCUUUCAAAAUCGUCUGGCACCCAGUUUUACAACAUACAACAUCAGACACAGUUACCGGCUGAAGUGGGAGGUCACCAUUUCCAUAGCUGGGGAGUCAACGUCUCUGUCAGGGGAAUACCCGGUCUCUAUCCUUGCUCCGAGUGAGGAGCAGGAGAUCGAGGCACAUAACGCCUUAACACCAGAAGAGAAGCGCAAGAAGUUUGAGGAAGUUUUGGAGGCAGCGAACCUAGGUGUGGCGGGAGCGAGCGCGAUCCUCGAUAUUAUACAGGCUGCGAGCGGAUAG